CGGGACAGAAAACUUCAGUUUGUCAAAGAUCGCGACGACCGAACGAACGCCGCUGAAAAAAACGCGCGCGCGCUUAAAAAACGAAAGAAACACAAAACGAAACGCGACCAAAAUCGCCUCGAAAACGCGGCCAGCAGUAUGUCCUGUGUCCUAACCCAACUUCGAUUCCCAAAACUAUCGAUAUCGAUAACUGGGCGGUAAAAAAGAAAGGAAGAUCGAAGCGAGCGCGCGCGCGUUCAGCGACGCCACUGAGAAAAAAAAGUUUAUUUUAAAAACUAAACGAAAACGAAACGAAAUUGCUUAACUUUUUUCAUCAUAUUUAGUUUUUCUUAAUUUUUUUUUAAUGUGAAAAGUACGUGCCAUUUAAAUGUGUAUGUAUUGCACAUACAUAAAGAGAGAGUCGGAAAAGAGAGCGCGGCGCAGCAGCCGAACCGCACCGCAAUCGCACCGCAUAUACACGGGCGGUUUUAACCGCGAGCUAUCUAGUAGAUAAACAGUCGCCGACUCGCCGACACAACUGAACUGAAACAGAAAAAAUCAAAUAAAAUUAAAAUUAAAAUUAACAAAAAUAAAAUCAAAUACAAAAUAAAACAAUUUAUUACGCCGAACUGACAAAAACGAAAUCGUAUAUAUGUUGAGACAAGUCUAUAAUAUAUAAAGCCUUAAGUCCAAAACCAAAUCGAGAUUCGAGAUUCACAGAAAACGUUCCGUUUGACUAGCGAAGAGAAGAGCUUAAAGAUACAAAGAUACAAACAAAAUACAAAAAAAGAUACUGAGUGCGAAAAAAAGUGUAACUGAAACAAGUCUCUAACGAACGAAACUCUAUUUCUUCACCAUUAAUAUUAUUAUUUUUUAUUGUUAGAGAGCGAAAUUUAUGCAAAAAAUAAAUAGAAAAAAUAAAAAAUAGAAAAUAGAAAACGGCAUUAUAUAGAAAAUAUAUAGAAAUCCAAAUCGGGGCGCGAAACUUGCGUGUGUUAUCUAAUCUUGAGGAGAAGUACAAGAACAAAACAUCAAGUAGUGCUCUGCUCGUUCGAUCGGAUCGGGAUCGGUAACGGAAUCUACUACUAUAUAGUAAAUAAAUAAUAUAUAUAUUAUUUAAACAAGAAAAAAAAAAUAGAAGCGAGAAAAGCGAGAAACGCGAGUGUGUUGUGUCUGUGGCCGACCUUUGUUUUAUUUAUUUUUUUUGUGACUGUGAAAACGUGCUGGGAAGCCGGGCUAAAAGUCAAUCUAUAUAGAGAAAAAAAAAUACAAUAAUAACAAGAAAUACAUAUUAAAUAUCUAAGCCAGAGAAAAUGGCCAAGAAGCAGCAGCAAAAGCCACAAAAGCAACGGAAAUGGUCGAGUGCCGUCGGCGGAAGUGAGACUUUGGCAACUGCUACCGGAACAGUAAUGCUUCUGGACAGAAGCCAAUGCCACGCCCACUUAAAAGAUGACACCACCACCGCCUUUUACACCUGCUCCACCACCAACACCACCACCAACAAUUGCAACAACAACAUCAACACUACGAACAACUUGCAACAUCACAGAAAUAUGGAAAAAGUACGUUUGCCAGUUAUGAUCUGCCACCUGCGCCAUCUGAUCGCCGUUGCCGGCCUGCUCCUCCUUCUGGUGGCAGUGGGCGGGGCCGAGGGGCGGCGACACGCCCCCCUCAUGUUCGAGGAGUCCGAUACUGGCAGGCGCAGCAACCGUCCAGCGGUUACCGAGUGUCAGUUUGGCAAAGUUUUGAGGGAAUUGGGCUCGACCUGGUAUGCGGACUUGGGACCUCCAUUCGGGGUUAUGUAUUGCAUCCGAUGUGAAUGUGUGGCGAUACCCAAGAAGCGCCGCAUUGUUGCACGCGUCCAGUGUCGCAAUAUUAAAAACGAGUGCCCGCCGGCAAAAUGCGAUGAUCCCAUCUCCUUGCCCGGAAAAUGCUGCAAAACUUGUCCUGGCGAUAGAAAUGAUACGGAUGUGGCCUUGGAUGUGCCAGUGCCCAACGAAGAGGAAGAGCGCAACAUGAAACAUUACGCUGCGCUGCUGACUGGCCGCACAUCCUACUUCCUCAAGGGCGAGGAAAUGAAGUCCAUGUACACCACCUACAACCCCCACAACGUGGUGGCCACCGCUCGUUUCCUCUUCCACAAGAAGAACCUCUACUACUCCUUCUACACCUCCUCGCGUGCCGGCCGCCCUCGGGCCAUUCAGUUCGUGGACGAUGCCGGAGUGAUCCUGGAGGAGCACCAACUGGAGACCACCUUGACGGGCACCUUGAGCGUCUAUCAGAAUGCCACCGGAAAGAUCUGCGGAGUGUGGCGGCGAGUGCCCAGGGACUACAAGCGAAUCCUACGGGACGAUCGUCUGCACGUGGUGCUCCUGUGGGGCAACAAGCCGAACCAGGAACUGGCCCUGGCCGGAAAGGUGGCCAAGUACACGGCUCUGCAGACGGAACUGUUUAGCUCGCUGUUGGAGCCGCAAGUCCUGCCGGGCGGCAAGAUCGAUCCCCAGCUGGCAGGAGCCGGCGGCACCGCCAUUGUGUCCACCAGCAGUGGCGCCGCCUCCUCCAUGCACCUCACCCUGGUCUUCAACGGUGUCUUCGGAGCCGAGGAGUUCUCCGAUGCCCCGGUUACUGUCCGUAUCGAGUUGCCCGAGCGGAAGGAGCUAGUCUUCGAUGAGGUGCCCCGCGUCCGCAAGCCCUCGGCGGAGAUCAAUGUCCUGGAGCUGUCCUCCCCGAUUUCCAUUCAGAACCUUCGGCUGAUGUCCCGCGGCAAGCUCCUGCUGACCGUGGAGUCCAAGAAGUACCCCCAGCUGCGGAUCCAGGGACACAUCGUGACCCGGGCCAGUUGCGAGAUCUUCCAGACCCUGCUGGCGCCGCACAGCCCCGACUCGACGACGAAGAGCAGUGGUCUGGCUUGGGUCUACCUCAACACCGACGGCUCCCUGGCCUACAACAUCGAGACGGAGCACAUGAGCACCCGGGACCGUCCCAACAUCAGUCUGAUCGAGGAGCAGGGCAAGCGCCGGGCCAAGCUGGAGGACCUCAGUCCGAGCUUCAACUUCAACCAGGCCAUCGGUAGUGUGGAGAAGCUGGGGCCCAAGGUCCUGGAGUCCUUGUACGCCGGCGAGCUGGGCGUCAAUGUGGGCACCGAGCACGAGACCAGCCUGAUCCGCGGACGCCUCGUCCCCCGACCCGUGGCCGAUGCCCGUGACUCGGCGGAGCCCAUUCUUCUGAAGCGUCAGGAGCACGCCGAUCCCCAGAAUCCCCACUCCGUCGGCAUGGCCUGGAUGUCCAUCGACAACGAGUGCAACCUCCACUACGAGGUGACCCUGAACGGAGUGCCCGCCCAGGACCUGCAGCUCUAUCUGGAGGAGAAGCCGAUCGAGGCGAUUGGAGCCCCAGUUACCCGUAAACUUCUGGAGGAGUUCAAUGGCUCCUAUCUGGAGGGCUUCUUCCUGAGCAUGCCCUCCGCCGAACUGAUCAAGCUGGAGAUGAGUGUCUGCUACCUGGAGGUCCACGCCAAGCACUCCAAGCAGCUCCUGCUCCGCGGCAAGCUGAAGAGCACCAAGGUCCCCUCGCACUGCUUCCCCGUCUACACGGACAACAAUGUCCCGGUGCCCGGGGAUCACAACGACAACCACCUGGUGGCCAGCGGCGAGGCCAAGUGCUUCCACUCCGGACGCUUCUACAACGAGUCGGAGCAGUGGCGCAGCGCCCAGGACUCCUGCCAGAUGUGCGCCUGCCUCCGCGGUCAGUCCAGUUGCGAGGUCAUCAAGUGUCCGGCCGUCAAGUGCCGCGCCGGACUGGAGCAGCUCCUGCAGCGUGAGGGCGAGUGCUGUCCCAGUUGUGUGCCGAAGCGGGAUGCCGAGUGGCUGGGCCUGAAUCCCGCCCAGUCCUCCUCGGGUGGCAAUGCCACCGACUCCUCCCGCACUCGUGGCUGCCGCCUGGGCGAUCAAUUCCAUGCCGCCGGCGCCAGUUGGCAUCCGUUCCUGCCGCCCAACGGCUUCGACACCUGCACCACCUGCAGCUGCGAUCCCCUCACCCUGGAGAUCCGGUGUCCGCGCCUCGUCUGCCCCCCGCUUCAGUGUAGCGAGAAGCUGGCCUACCGGCCGGACAAGAAGGCCUGCUGCAAGAUCUGCCCCGAGGGCAAGCAGAGCACCACCGGUCACAAGUCCGCGCCGAACAACCCUAACGUGUUGCAGGAUCAGGCCAUGCAGCGCACCCCGGGCCACAGUGCCGAGGAGGCGCUGGCCAACGGCGGGUGCAAGGUGGUGAACAAGGUCUACGAGAACGGGCAGGAGUGGCAUCCAGUGCUGAUGUCGCACGGCGAACAGAAGUGCAUCAAGUGUCGUUGCAAGGACUCCAAGGUGAACUGCGACAGGAAGCGCUGCUCCCGCUCGACUUGCCAGCAACAGACCCGUGUCACCAGCAAGCGGCGGCUCUUCGAGAAGCCCGAUGCCGCCGCUCCGGCAAUCGACGAGUGCUGCUCCACCCAGUGCCGGCGCUCGAGGCGCCACCACAAGCGGCAGCCACACCACCAGCAGAAGACCGGCGCUGGCAGCAGCUGAGCUAUUUCCGAGUUUGGCAAAGGAUUCGAUUUGGUUUGAAAAAAGGAUCGAGUCCAGGGGAACCACUUAAUCACUCAGCUACUCCGUGCGAUGUAACUCACACACACACACACACAGAACACACACACCUCUAAAGCCACACCCACACACACACACAAACGAAUAUACACACACACUCACACUUGAGCAAGGAGUUGCAUAAAUCGUUGUUGUUUUCUCAAGACAACAAUGUAAACUUGUAUUAUAUAUUUGAAAAAAAAGAAGGAAAAAAACCAAGAUAGAGAAAGGUACACAGCGAGAAAAAGAAAGAGCUAAAAAGCUAGAAGAAAGAAGAAAGAGAAAGGUAUAGAGCGAAAGAAAGAGAGAGAUAGAGAUCCUGAGAAUGGGAAAAAAAACCAGUGCAGUUUGCUUUAAAUUCUCCAGCGUAGAAUUUUUCACAGAAAGCAUUUUCUGAAUUUCUUUUCAAAAAGCAUCCCCCCCUCAAGCCCCAGCCCAAAAAACUCACACAAAAAAAUCUACAAAAAUUUAAAUUUAAUUUAUUAAAAAAAAAACCAAAAAAAAAAACAGAAAUUAAAACUGUACUGAGUUUUGAAAACAACAAAAUUUGACUUGAAAACAGAAAUCGAACUUCGAAACCUUUUCAAAUCAUUUAAAUUGAAAUUUAAAUAGAAUUUUGAAAGCCAAGAAAUCGGGCGCGGAGAUAGAGAUCGAUAGAAAAAGAGAUCGAUAAGCUAUCGAGCUAUCGUGGGAACAUUAACUUAAAUCUAAUUAUUCUGAUUAUACAUACAUAUAUAUGUAUAUAUAUAUAUGUAUACAAUAUUUUUUAUAUAUAUAUCCAUAUAAUUUAUGAGAAACAAAACACAGUGGGAAACGCAUUUGGCGACUUAUGUAUGUUGUUAUCGACAUUUUUAUCGAUAGAUAUAUUUUAGCAACCCAAAAGUUUCAACUGAUUGACUGAAUGGCAAAAAUAAUACUAGUUCUAAGUAUGUUUUUUCGAAAGCACAAAAACCAGAUAUAUAUAUAUACAUAAUAAAAGAAAAAAAAAUAUAUGAAAUGUGAAAUUAUUUUUUACUAAUUGUUACUCACACACACACACCCAACACAUACAUUUGGAAUUUUACAUGCACUCACACACACAUUGAAGAGUUUUUUUUUCUUUUAGAAGUAUACUCUAAAAAAAACCAAACAUUUUAUGAACAAUUUUCAAUAAUUAUGUACAAAAUUUGUUACAAAAAAAAAAAAGAUAAACUAUGUCAAAAAUGCCAUGUACACAUAUUUAUAUACACACCACACACACACAUACACAUGAAAAGAACAAAAAAAGAAAUGAAAAAGAAAUUGUAUUAAUUUUUUAUUCUAUUAAAUUAUUCUUAUUAUUAUUUUUAUGUUUAUUAUUAUUAUUAUUAUGAUUUUUUUUUUGUAGUUAGUAUGAACAUAUAUAUAUAUAUACUCUAUAUUUAAUGAAUGAUUGAUUAAUUUUAAAUAAUUGAUUAAUUGAAAGCAAGAAUAUUUUAAUCGACGAGGAGCUAAAAACAAAAACCUGUACUAAUAACUUAAACUUAGUGUUUAUAAAUUAAAACAAAAAUUUCAAAUCAAAAACAAAAAAUCACACACACACAACACACACUGAGAAUAAAACAAAACUACAAAAUCUUAAA